UUUGACCAUGAGCUUCUGAAGCUGCUGCUGUUUCUCUGAAAGAAGAUCGAGCUUCACCCCAGAAUCCAACUUCCUUCCUCUGUCCAAUAUCUAGUAUUUGAAGAUCUGAAGAAGUCUCAAUGAACAGAUGAAGGCCUUAUGCCUGAAAUGUUGACUCUCCUGCUCCUCGGAUGCUGCCUGACCUGCACCCUUUUCCAGCGCCGCACUUUUCAACACAGACUCUCCCCCGUCUGCGGUCCUCAUUUUCACGUCAAUAUCUGACAGUCACUCAAUCGAUUGGGGCAGCCACAACUUUUGAUUACAAUUCUGUGAGAAGGAGCAAAGCUUUUUGGUUCCUAUUUCAGUACAUUUUCAUUAUCAGUGGGACUGGAUGAGAGACCCUACUGUUGCUGCGCACUGAGUGUGGAGCCUGAGACAGUUAUACGGCCUGGAAAGAGGAAUUCCCAGCAGUGAGGGGCAGUACAUGUGUUUGUUUGUGGCUGAAGCUUCGGACAUGGAGAAACCGUGGAAGUGUGGUAACUGUGGGAAAGGCUUCCGUGCUCCGUCUCACCUGGAGAUUCAUCGGCGCAAUCACACCGGGGAGAGGCCAUUCCCCUGUCCCAGGUGCAGGAAGGGCUUUACCCAGGUCUCUGCCCUGCUUAGGCACCAGCGGAUCCACACGGGGGAGAGGCCGUUCAGUUGCCCCGAGUGUGGAAAGGCCUUCAGCAAUUCCUCCCACCUGCUGAGGCACCGGCGGGUCCACACAGGGGAGAGGCCCUUCAGCUGCUCCGAGUGUGGGAAGGCCUUCAGCAAUUCCUCCCACCUGCUGAGGCACCGGCUAGUCCACAUGGAGGAGAGACCGUUCAGUUGCUCCGAGUGUGGGAAGGCCUUCAGCAAUUCCUCCAACCUACUGACCCACCGGCGGGUCCACACGGGCGAGAGGCCCUUCAGCUGCUCUGAGUGCGGCAAGGCCUUCAGCAAUUCCUCCAACCUACUGAUCCACCAGCGGGUCCACACAGGGGAGAAGCCCUUCAGCUGUCCUGAGUGUGAGAAGGCCUUCAGCGAUUCCUCCGCCCUGCUGAGGCACCGGUGGGUCCACUCAGGGGAGAAGCCCUUCAGCUGCCCCGAGUGUGGGAAGGGCUUCACCCGCUCCUCCAACCUCCGGAACCACCAGCGACUUCAUGUGCCAUCGCAGGGGGACUGACAGCGAGUGCCGUUAUCGACUGGACUAUCCACCCAGUUCUGGGAUCUGUUGGGUUUGAAUCUCAUCGCGGCAGAUAGUGGAAUUGGAAUUCGGUCAGAAUCUAACGAUGAAACCAUUUUCUCUGGGGGAGGGGGAGAAAACCCCAAUCUGAUUCACUCACGCCCUUUUUAGGGAAGGAAACUGCCGUUGUGGGAAAGGAUUCACUCAGUCGUCCCAGCUGCAUCCUUUACCCGGUCUGGCCUACACGUGACUCCCGACCCACAGCAGUCUGUUUCACUCCACACUGCCCCUGUUCCCGGCCCCACGGGUUAAGGCUGUACCAAGGAUCCAAUUACCAAGAAUAAAGAGUGCUGACCAAGAGUAAAGAAAGUGGGGUGGGGUGGAGGGAGGGGGAUUUUGUGCGCUUUGACCUUGAGUUGUUUAAAAAGCAGCUACUUUCUCUCCCCCUUUUUGCUGGGGGAGAUCUCAAGCUGUAACAAAGUUGGGUCACAAUAAAGAUUACCUGAACUCAGA